AAGGCGAGCACAUGCAGUCUGGCACCAUCAACCUUAGGACACACUACCUCUCAUUCCUGAUGGCUUUUUCUCCUCCUACCACUGAGAGGUAAUAAAAGGAACCUGCAGAAACUCAAGAGAGCUGUUUACACUUGGAUGCUGCUGGAAGAAGAUAUCUAAUCAGAUAGAGAUAAGAUUAAAGAAACCUUGAAAAUCCAAGGGGGUUUAUUUGUAAGUUUAACAUAACUCGAUCUACAAUGAAGAUGCUGAAUGUGGACCUACUAGUUUUAAGCUUGUGCCUUGGUCUGGGAACUGGAUUCAGUGCUGCUGAGAAAACACAAUAUCAAAUCCAAAAUGGCCCUUGCAGCUAUACGUUUCUGCUGCCUGAGCAGGAUAACUGCCAAACUCAGUAUAACAACUACAACUAUCCUGUCCAGAAGGACGGACCUACGGACAACGAGUCAAUUCAGAGGCUAGAACAACUGGAGAUCAGCAUGGAGAACAACACGCAGUGGCUGCUUAAGCUUGAGAGCUACAUACAGGACAGCAUGAAGCAGGACAUGAUCCAAAUCCAACAGACUGCUGUACACAACCACACCGCUACAAUGAUUGAAAUCGGGACAAACCUGCUAAGUCAAACUGCUGAGCAAACAAGGAAACUGACCAACGUGGAGGCACAGGUUAUUCAUCAUACAACUCGGAUUGAGCGCCAGCUUCUUGAAAACUCUUUGUCAACCAACAAAUUGGAAAAGCAACUAAUUGUCCAAACAAACGACAUCAACAAACUGAAUGACAAGAACAGUUUUCUAGAGAAGAAAGUAAAAGAGAUGGAGGAGCAGAGGCAGGUGGAGAUGAAGACGCUUCAAGAAGAAAAGGAGCAGCUCCAGACUCUGAUACUGAAGCAGACGGCUAUCAUCGGUGAGCUGGAGCAGCAACUGCUCAAAGUCUCAACCAACAACACAGCCCUGCAGUAUCAGCAGCAGGAGCUACUGGACACUGUGAACAACCUCAUUUCUAACAUCGCUUCUGGCACCGCUCGAGGUCCUAAAACUGUCAUGAUGCGGGACACACCUACUACAUUCAUGGACUGUGCUGCCGUCUACAAAUCAGGAAAUACCAACAGUGGUGUCUACACGCUAACAUUACCCAACAGUACAAUGGAGGUUAAGGCUUUCUGUGACAUGGAGACAGAAGGAGGUGGCUGGACUGUUAUACAAAAACGCUUUGACGGCCGUGUUGACUUUCACCGUACGUGGCAAGAGUACAAAAAGGGAUUCGGAGAACCUUCUGGAGAAUUCUGGUUAGGAAAUGAAUUUGUCUCCAGACUGUCAAAUCAACAGUCCUACAAAUUAAGGAUCCAGCUGAGUGACUGGGAAGGAAACUCUGGAUUCUCACAAUACGACCAAUUUUCUCUUGACAAUGAAGCACAAAAUUACAAGAUACACCUUAAAGGCUACAGCGGAACGGCAGGCAAAAUAAGCAGCAUUGGGCAGCCAGGAAGUGAAUUCAGUACAAAGGAUGCAGACCAUGACAAAUGUGUUUGCAAAUGUUCACAACUGACAACAGGAGGCUGGUGGUUUGAUGCCUGUGGUCCGUCCAACUUGAAUGGGAUGUAUUACCAAAAGGGCCAAAACGCCAAUCGCUUCAAUGGAAUCAAAUGGUACUACUGGAAAGGCUCAGGCUACUCACUGAAGACCACUACAAUGAUGAUCCGGCCAGCAGACUUCUCGGGUUCCCUUUGAACAGUCAGAUUAAAGAAAAUGGGAACAACAAGACCAAAAAUAAAAAUUCUCAAGGGAUCCAAAACACUUUGUGCGUGUAUUUUUAUACACCUUUGUGCAUCUUUCUGUGGUAGAUUUUGAAAUAUGGAGAGUCACAGCAAUACACAUAGCUGUAGUAUUUACAGUUAUUUGAAUAGUAAUUAAAAUGAGUUAUAUUAAAAUAUAUUAAAAUAUCGGUCAGGCUCUAUUCAGCUAGCUUAUCAGAUUCAUUUAAUUUCUUUGAAUCACUUUAACAGUUGAACUAUUUUUUAAAAACAGCUGCCAAUGUCAUUGUAUAAUAGAGACGAUGGUACAAAAUGCUGAUAAACAUCUGGUGAAAGUUAUUUUUUUGCAUUGUCAACAUUUUUCAAAAUGU